AUGUUGAGGAAAAGCAAACCAUUAAUUUUAAAAUAUUUUCUUAAUCUUAUUAAUGGAGCUUUCUUGGUUCUUGGACUUUUACUCAUGGGAUUUGGUGCAUGGCUUUUAUUAGACAGAAAUAAUUUCUUCACUGCUCUAGAUGAAAAUAAUCACUUGAUAGGAUACAGUUUUGGAAUUUUGGUUGGAACUGGAUCGGCUAUUGUUUUUCUUUGUCUCUUGGGUUAUUUGGGAAUUCACAAUGAAAUCAGAUGGCUCCUAAUUCUGUAUGCAGUACUGUUAAUGUGGGCCUGUGGUGUUCAGGUUGCACUUUCAGCACUCGCCUUCACAAAGAAAGAGGAGGUUCACCAAAUAUGGCGUGAUGAAAUUGAUUUAAUCAUUUCUCAGUAUGGAUCUAAAGAUAUACCUGAAGACAUACCUAAGUGGACUGCUCUGAACACUUUACAGAAAACAUUACAGUGUUGUGGCCAACACAAUUACACAGACUGGAUAAAGAAUAAGAAUAAAGAAAAUUCAGGACAGAUACCAUGCUCUUGCACGAAUUCCACAUUAAGAAAUUGGUUUUGUGAUGAGCCAUUGAAUACAACUUACCUAGAGGGUUGUGAAAAUAAAAUCAACGCAUGGUAUCAAGCUAAUGUUUUAACAUUAAUUGGAAUUAACUUUGGACUUUUGGUUUCAGAGGUUCUGCAAGUCUCAUUAACUAUCUCUUUCUUCAGACAUAUCAAGAAUAGAGUACAUGCAGAAAUGUGA